CAAGGCCUCUCGUCAGUCAGCAAGCGUGAUUUCCUUCGCCUCUUCUGGCCAGCCUAUUGCAAAGCGUUUACCAAAGAAAAUAUCACCUCUGCAUGGUCCAAAACCGGUAUACACCCCUUCAAUCCGGCAGUUAUCCUUAAGCUAGUAGAGCCUGCUCCUGCACCAUUAACAGAGAGCAGUCGACUGCAAUCAAGCUCGAACGGUUCACAUUUAUCAGCACCGCAGUGGCGAAUAGCUAGGGCGUUACAGGCUCUAGUUUAUAAGAAGAAGCGCCGCAAACGUAGCAAACACCUCUUCGAGGAUCUACGAGCACAAGAUGGCCAAGGUUCGACUUUCUAUAGCCCUAUGAAGAUUCAGCAAGCAAAGGACUAUUUGGUUAAGAAGGAGCAAGCAAAAGUGGCUGUAGCUGAGCAGAAGCGACUCGAGGCCGAUGCCAGAGUGUUACAAAAGCAGCUACAACAACGAGCAGCCGCAGAGAAGAAAGAAGCUCGUCAGCAACAACAACAAGCUCGAGCUGCAGCCGCUGCAGUAGAGGUACGUAGGAAGUCGGUAACGAAGGAGGUCAACCAGAGCAACCGCCAGCUGCUACACGAGCUACAACACUCAGUUAAGAGGCCUCGUAGGCCUCUUCAACAGGCUCGAAUAGCAACACUACCUCUAUUACCAGUUAUUGCUACUUAG